AUGGAAAAUUCACUCUCAAUUCUAUCUCUACCGCAUGGUACUUUGCAGUUGGGUCCCUUGAGUUCCGAGAAAGAAACCGGCAUACCAUUGGCAGAUGGGAAAAGUUGCAGCAUGCCACCUGAGAGCAAGCCAGACAAUGUGUUGUCGUGGGCAGAUAACAGCGAGGCGUCCAUUGACUUUCGCUCCGACAUAUUUACCAGGCCGACAUUGCCUAUGCUAGAGGCAAUUAUCAACACAACACUUGGGGACUGCACAGCAGAUGAAGACACGACCACCGUUUCUUUCCAGCGCUAUGUUGCCGACUUGGUAGGCCAUGAGGCCGCACUUCUUGUCAUGUCCGGAACAAUGGGCAAUCAGGUAGCCCUUCGGACAAGUCUACACGCUCCUCCACAUGCCAUCCUAGCAGACCAUCGAGCCCAUAUCGCCACAUUGGAAGGUGGUGGAGUUACAAGCGUCAGUGGGGCGAUGAUACAAACCAUUGUUCCAUCCAAUGGGCAUCACCUCACUUUGCAGGACGUUAAGGAACACAGCAUACUGAGGGAGACAGUAUUCGACUGCCCAACCAGAAUAAUUAGUCUGGAGAACACAAUAUGUGGCACCAUAAUGCCCUUUUCCGACAUGAGAGACAUCUCGCUCUGGGCACGCGCCCAGAACCCGCCCGUUCACAUGCAUCUGGAUGGCGCUCGCCUCUGGGAGGCAGUUACUGCAGGAUGCUGCAAGCUGGAAGACGUUGGGCAAUACUUUGACAGCAUCCAGCUAUGCUUGACAAAGGGUCUUGGAGCACCACUUGGCAGUGUAAUAACUGGAAGCGCGUCUUUUAUCAAGAGGGCAAAAUGGAGCCGCCACUUACUGGGCGGGGGCGUUCGCUCUUCCGGUAUCAUGACGGCGCCGGCAAAGGUAGCUAUUCAGGAUGUAUUCCUAGGUGGGAAAAUGCGCCUUGCACACGACAAGGCGAGACGUGCGGCGAGACUUUGGCAAGGCCUGGGAGGGAAGCUUCAGGUGCCGACGGAGACGAACAUGCUAUGGCUUGAUCUGCCAGCAUCUGGUGUAGACCGUGAUGAGUUUUAUGCAUUGGGUCGCCAGUUGAAUCUGAAAGUAUCAAAUAGUCUGAUUGUGGGACGGCUGGUUUUCCAUUACCAGAUUAGCGAUGCUGCAUUUGAAAGACUCUGCCAGCUUUUCAAUACUAUUCUCAAAGGCCGGACGGCUCAGACUGCUAGCAGCGAGUAG